AUGAUGUUAGCUCAUGCUAUGGAACAUGUUCGUUUGCAUCGAAGAUUAGGAUUAUUUGUUCUUAGCCUUGUUGGUACAUCAAUUAAGUGGAGCAUGGCUGGUCUAAUGGGAGUGACUGCUUUUUUGAGUAUGUGGAUCAACAAUUCGGCAGCAACAAGUAUCAUGAUACCAGCAGCGAUUGCUAUUAUCGAUGAACUUGAAAAUCAUCAACAACAAAUACAAAAAGAAUCAGAAGUUAAUAAACUUAAAGAUCGUCGACAAUCGAAAGAGAUAAUCCCACUUGAAUCUGAGACUUUUCUUAUUGCUGUUGCGUACAGUGCAGCCAUUGGUGGUUUAGCAACAUUAGUCGGAACUGGUCCAAAUAUUUUCGUUAAAGGAUUUACUGAUGAAUUAUUACCAUGGAUAAAAGUUGAUGUGAAUAGUUUAGAAUCUCAAAAACAUUUAAAAUCCAUUCUCAAAGAACAAUACAAAGAGUUGGGUAGUUUAAGUUGGCAAGAAUAUAUAAUAGCCAUUUUAUUUUUUAUUAUGGUUAUCCUUUGGAUAACACGUGAUUUUUCAAGUUACCCUGGUUGGGAAGUUAUUUUUCGAAAAGAUUAUGUUACGGAUGCUACAGUUGCUAUACUUAUUGGUACAUUACCACUUUUUCUACCAAACAAAAAUCCAUUUAGUAAGCAAUGGGAAUAUCAACCGAUUGUUCACUGGGAUCAAUUAUCUAAAAAAUUCCCAUGGGGUGUGUUUAUGUUACAAGGUGCCGGUUUGGCUAUUGCUGAAGGAUUCAAAGCAUCAAAUCUAUCGGACACAGUAGCUACUUUUCUUCAAUUUAUUGUUGGAGCUUCUGAUAUUACUAUUAUUUUUGUUGUUAUUGUAUUGAGUGCAAUAUUCACUGAAUUUACAAGUAAUCUUGCGUGUGCCACUAUUUUAUUUCCAAUACUCGACAGCAUUGACUAUGAAUAUACACGUGAAGUAUCAAACCGUUUAUUAUCGAGUUUAAAUCUAAAUUCUGAAGAUGAUGACAAUGAACGACAUCGACGACAAAUAACAACACAACCAAUACGUCGAAUUCAAAAAGAACUUGAUUAUCCAAUUGAAACAAUGGAUAAAAUAAACGAACGAAUACAACAAGAAGUUAAAAAAAGACAAGCAGCAGCAGCAGCAGCAGCGGCAUCAACAUUAGCAUCAACAGCAAAACCAACAAACCGAAAUUAUCAAAAAUCAUCAUCAUUGUCUGUAGAUGAUCAAACGAAUCGCGAUAAUGCAAUUACAGGAAAAUAUACAAGCAAAAAGCAGACAAAUCCUGGCAAACCGAGUUAA